AUGGCAGGACUGAUAACAGAAUUCAACACUGCUGCACCAAAUUGGGAAAGGAAAAGUGACCGCAGCAGUGUAGUAACCAGCCCCAAAUUUGGGCAGUCAAGUAAUGAAGUAGUGGAGGAGGUAUUGAAAUCGUUCCCAUUACCAGAUCAUCCAGCUCCAGUGCAGGUUAUUGAAACUCUUGACGAGCAACACCAAUUUCGUUUAGAUGAGGCGGCGCUGGAAAAAGUUCUUUUAAGCUCAGAUGUUAUAGACAAGAAGGUGUCUGUAAUCAGCGUGGCGGGCACGUUUCGAAAAGGAAAAAGUUUCCUUUUGAAUUUCUUUUUACGUUAUUUGGAAGCUUCCGAAGAAAAGCGACGCUCUGGUGAUUGGAUUUAUGGUGGUGAUCAUUUGGAUGGAUUUAGCUGGCGUGGAGGUAGCGAGCGUGAAACUAGUGGUAUUUUAGUAUGGUCUCGACCAUUUAUUAUGCGCAAUCGGGACGGUGAAGAUACAGCUGUUAUACUAAUGGAUACUCAGGGAGCUUUUGAUAGUCAGAGUACCGUAAAAGACUGUGCUACCAUUUUUGCCCUUUCAACAAUGAUUUCUUCUUUGCAGAUUUAUAAUUUGAGUCAAAAUGUGCAGGAGGAUGAUUUGCAGCAUUUACAGUUGUUUACCGAAUACGGUCGGCUGGCACUGGAAAACGCAUCAGCUAAACCAUUUCAAUCGUUGUUAUUCUUGGUGCGAGACUGGAGUUUCCCCUACGAAGCAGAAUAUGGCUUCCAGGGCGGUGAACGUUUACUUGAACGUCGUCUACAGGUUUCCGAGAAGCAACAUUUGGAGUUGCAACAACUACGGAAGCAUAUACGUUCUUGUUUUGAACAGAUAUCAUGCUUCCUGAUGCCCCAUCCUGGGCUACGUGUUUCCACAAACCCAGUUUUUCGUGGACAAAUAAGUGAUAUUGAAAAUGAAUUUCAACAGCAGUUACGUUCUUUUGUUCCGCGUUUGCUGGACUGCAAUAAUUUGGUAUUAAAGCGAAUUAAUGGCCGCGAAAUAACUUGUCGUGAACUGGUGGAGUACUUCAGGGCUUAUAUGACAAUAUUUCAAGGAGAAGAUUUGCCAGAACCAAAAUCAAUGCUGAUGGCUACUGCGGAGGCAAAUAAUUUGGCAGCAGUUUCAACUUCUAAAGCCCAUUAUGUCAGGAGAAUGGAAGAUGUAUGUGGUGGUGAUGCACCUUACAUGAGUUCAGCAGAUUUGGCAGCAGAACAUGAGCGGUGUUACAAAGAGGCCAUUAAACUAUUCAAAGCAACUAGAAAAAUGGGUGGCGCAGAAUUUUCUGAACAGUUCCUGGAAAGAUUGGAUAUUGAUAUCGAAGAGCAAUACGAAAGUUUUAUUAAAGUGAAUAACAGUAAGAAUUUGUUCAAAUCGAUGCGAACACCUGCUGUGUUGGUAACAUUUAUGAUUGUAGAUUAUGUGCUGCAAGAAUUUUUCCAACUAAUUGGUUUGGAUAUCAUUGCAGGCUUAUUUUCUGCUGCGCUCUGUAUUGCUGUUGUUUCACUUGGUAUAUGGGCUUACUCAAGAUAUAGCGGUAAUUUGAGGGAAGUUGGUGUUAUGGUUGACGAUGCGGUUACAUGGGCAUGGUAUAAUUUCUUGUCAUCGUUGACUCAAGAAAGUAUGCACCGUGCUGUUGCUAUUGGACAUCGAUUAACCCAGAACGGUACAGCAUUGCAUGGUAGGCAUUCAGGCGAUCGAAGAGAUAAUAAGAAGAAUUCUUGA